AUGACGAGGGGCGAGCUCGCGGCGUCGCCGUACCUCCGCGGCGACCGCCUCACCGUUGAGUGCUUCCUCGACGUCGUGCGGGGGGCGCGGCUCCAGCCGACCGCGGCGUCUCCGGAGACCGUCGAGCCUCCGCCGCCCGACCUGCGGGAGCACCUCGGCGCGCUGCUGCGGACGCAGGUGGGGGCCGACGUCGCCUUCACUGUGCAGGGAGAAACGUUCCGCGCGCACCGGGCCGUGCUCGCGGCGCAGUCGCCGGUGAUCAAGGCCGAGCUCUCCGGGUCGCCUCCGCCGACGAAGGAGGAGGACGCAGGUGAGGCGGUGGCCGUCGACGGCAUGACGCCUCUGGUGUUCAGGACCCUGCUCCACUUCAUCUACACCGACGCGUUGCCUGGCCUGGUCGAUCUUGGUAGGGAGGAGUACCGAGAACUAGUGGGGGAUCUUCUCGCGGCGGCGGAUCGGUACGCCAUGUGUAGGCUGAAGCAGAUAUGCAAGGUCAUCCUGCAGGAAGAACUUGAUGCGAAGACCGUGGCAGCUGCGCUGGAUUCUACUGGUCAUAGCCGCCAUUGCCAGGCUCUUGGAGACGGUUGUGUUCAGUUCAUGCCGUCGUCUGGAUAG